ACAAGGACUAUAGUGGUACGAUUGAUAGGUGAGGCGAUCAGAAGGGAAAAUCAGUCUUGUAACGGGAAGGUUACAUAUGCAAAAUGGGUGCACGCGUUUCAAGAGAAGAUUAUGAAUGGGUUUACACUGAAGAACCACAUGCCACAAGAAGAAAAGAAAUCAUGGCUAAAUAUCCACAAGUGAAGAAACUGAUGGGACCAGACCCAAAUCUAAAGUACAAAGUCCUGUUUCUGGUUACUCUGCAGAUCCUGGCAAUGUCCGUCAUCUCCACGCAAUCCUGGUCCAUCGUCUUUCUCAUGGCCUAUAUAUUCGGUGGAACUAUCAACCAUUCCUUAAAUCUGGCCAUUCACGAGAUUGCCCACAACCUUGCAUUUGGACAUGGCCGUCCCCUAGCCAACAGAGCUCUUGGAAUGAUUGCCAAUCUUCCCAUUGGUGUCCCUAUAUCAGUGUCCUUUAAAAAGUAUCACUUGGAGCAUCAUCGUUACCAAGGUGAUGUGAAAAAGGACGUAGACAUCCCAAGUGAAUUUGAAGGCAAGAUGUUUAACCGCACAUUGUUGAAGCUGAUCUGGGUGAUCCUUCAGCCCUAUUUUUAUGCCUUUCGGCCUCUGUUUAUUCGGCCUAUGCCAGUCACCAUCCUGGAGGUCAUCAAUUUCAUUGUCCAGGUUCUGUUUGAUGUGAUGGUGUACAAGUACUUUGGUGUGAAGGCCAUCUUUUACUUCAUACAGGGGACAUUCCUUGGCACCGGCCUUCAUCCGCUAUCUGGACACUUCAUUUCAGAACACUACAUGUUUAUCAAAGGUCAGGAGACCUAUUCUUAUUACGGCCCCCUCAAUCUGUUGACCUUCAAUGUAGGGUAUCACAACGAGCAUCACGAUUUUCCCAGCAUUCCUGGAUCUCGGCUCCCUGAGCUGAAGAAGAUUGCACCUGAAUAUUAUGAUAAUCUUCCCCACUAUACCUCGUGGGUCAAGGUCAUCUACGACUUUAUAAUGGACCCUGAGAUAGGACCUUACUCCAGAGUGAGGCGACACAUCAAGGAUUCUGACAAGACUGAUUAACCACGGGAUGUGUUAGAGGUCUUAGCUUUGUUAUGUGUUAUUUUUGAUGUUGGUCAAAUCAAUGUAGUGUUUUAACAAUUUUUAGACUGCCAUUGUUUGAUGUAGUAGUUACUGACUAUGAUGUAAAGAGUGAUUUCAUGGAGCAUUUGUUUUACAUGUAUAAGUUAUUGGCCAGUCCAGACAGCUGAAGUCUUUGUAUCCAAUAUAUAGUAUAUUCAUGAUUUUGUUUAAUAUGCGUCCUGUAACCAAGAGAUCUCAGUCUGGGUGAAGCCAUCCUCAGUGAGGUCACCCAGACUUUUAUAUCCUCGUAUCAACUGAUGAGCUCCAGGAUUUUGACAGGUUACUCAGUCAAGUAGAGCUGUUACACAAGUUUUCUACCGUAUGUACAUUCACUGAGCAAGAAAAAGGACAGCUGUUUAUAGUUUGUAAGGAAUUUAAUACAUACCAAAAUGCUUUUUAAGAAAGCACUUAUACAUGUAUUUUAUCUUUUCAAAUCUCAUUCACAUAUGAUUCAUGCAGUUUUAUAUUUUGUGAGAUAAAAAUCUUGGAAAUUUAGGAAUUUGUUUGAGGUGCUAGUGUAUAAAAGCACAUGUGAAGAUUGAAAGAUAACUUGAGAUUCACGCUCAGUGCUGUUGCCAGAUAAACUCAGCCAGUAUUGUUUUUGUUGUCUGUGUGUUUUGUUGUUGAUGUUUACAACGAAUGAUACAAUAAGUUCUUUUGCAUGACAUCAUGUCUGAUAUUUCCUGAUGAAGGUACAUCACUGAGCAGCUGUCAAAUUCACGGAACAAAAACUACAUUUUAACUGUAUAUGUGAAAAAAGUUAUUGUUUAAUCCCAUAUAGGCUUUCACUGGACAAAAAUUGAUUUUAAAAUGUUGCUGUAUGAAAUUACACAACAGCUAGUCAGACUCUGUUGAUCUGAAUGGGUGUGGAUAGGUGGGGUUUAACUGUUGGUCCUAAUUAUUUGUUAUAACUAGUAUUCAUUAAAGAAGUCAUCCAUUUAAAGAAAGGCCCUCAUGUUGCUUAAACAAACUAUACGAAUAUUGACUGUUUGCCUUUGAUAGAAAAUCUUUAGACUUUUGUACCAUUGUGAGAACAAAUGUGGAUAAAGUUUUAUGUAAGGUUGCAUGAAAUAUUGGUAAACUGUGUUUGGAUUUUUUAAUUUUAUAAUUUUACUUUAUUGCUGUAUUUUGGUCAUGUAGUCCUUUGAUUUAUGAUAAACAAUCCUUAAAAUUUAGAAUAUCAAAGCAGAAGCUCACAGAAAUAAUCCUUCAACCUUUCUACAAUAAGCUUGAAAUAGCAGUAAUCCUGAAGUAUGUCUUUAUUGCCUGACUUCUUCAUGGCCACCAUGGAUUUUAACAAAGAAGAAUUUAACAAUUUACAAACUUGGUAUCCUGGAUUUGUGUUAGAUCAAAAUCAGCUGUCUUUCUUGGUGUAGCAAAAGUGUACGCCUGUGCUAGUCAACCUAGUUGCCAGGUAUAGGUAUAUUGAUCAUGCUUUUGGUAGAGAAAGGUUGAUCUUGUAAAUCAGGGUAGGUUUUACCUCUGUUUUUAAGGAAGGUUUUUGCUAACAUACUGACAUUAAGUCAGCGGGAUUAGACAUUUGAAGAUAAAUUUGUUUGCUGAUAAUUUAAUCCCAUUGUACUCUGUGCUUUAAUCACUGACAUGCAUUAUACCUUUGUUCUAUAUACACACUUUUAUGUGAUUUUUUAAUGUAUCAUACUUGCCACUAAUAAAAAAUGACAGUAAUUAUAGA